AUGUCAUCGGACGGGUCAAAGGCGGUUGCUGUGGUUUGGAAUGGCCACAUUUGGAGCAGCUCGGAUGGUGGGACGUCCUGGACGGAGGACGUCUCUUUGGGUGUCCAAGAAUGGCGAGGCGUGGCGAUGUCUUCCAGUGGUUCGGAGAUGGCUGCGGUGGGCGACAACACAGGGAUUUGGCUCACUUCGAAUGGUGGCACCACCUGGUCUCAGGCCCAGACAGCUGCUUCCACAGGAAUGCUAACAAGUGUAGCAAUAUCUUCAGAUGGUUCAAAGAUUGCUGCUGUGGGCGAUGGUGGUGGGGUUUGGACGAGUGUGGAUAGUGGCGCAUCUUGGACGGAGCAGACCACACUUGGAGCUGGGCUGAGUUGGACAUCUGUUGCCAUGUCUUCUGAUGGAUCAAAGAUCGCUGCCGUGGCAAAUGCUAUCUGGGUGAGCUCAGAUGGUGGCACUUCUUGGGUAGAGGACACAAGCGUUGGCUCGACCAAGAAUUGGAAGGCUGUGGCCAUGUCUUCCGAUGGAUCCAAAAUGGCUGCCAUUGUCGGUGGGAGUGCGGGUAGUCCAUGGACAAGCUCCGAUGGUGGAAUCACUUGGCAGGAGGUCCCCUACUCACAAUCUUGGCAAGAUGUAGGUGUUUCUUCCGAUGGGUCCAAGUGGAAGGCUGGUCAUACUAAGGAUAACAGCCUUCUCCCAGGCACCUUUGCUACCACCACCACCACGGCUGCCACCACCAGUGGAGCUGUUGGAAGUUCUGUCGGGGCGGAGACGGGCUUGGAUUCCGUCACCCUUGCCAUCAUCAUCUCCACAGCAGCAGUUGUUGCGUGCUUGUGCUGCGUGGGCAUUGUCGUGCUGCGCCGCCGCUCGCAAGCUGGAGAUGACGUUCAACAAGCUGUCGUGUGA